AUGCCACCUAAAAACAGGCAAGAUGAGGAAAAGUCUAAACUGACUCGUAUUGCCGUUGUAAACCACGACCGAUGCAAGCCAGCAAAAUGCAAUCUAGAGUGCAGUAAGUGCUGUCCAGUUAACCUUCAGGGGAAACUAUGUGUUGUGGUUCAAAAAAAGUCAACAAUUUCUGUAAUUUCAGAAGAACUUUGUAUUGGCUGCGGUUUAUGCGUUAAAAAAUGUCCUUAUGGAGCCAUUCAAAUCAUCAACUUGCCAUCCAAUCUGAAUAAAGAUACUGUUCAUCGGUACGGCCCCAAUAGUUUCAAACUCCAUAGGCUACCUCUUCCUCGUCCAGGGCAGGUCUUGGGACUCGUUGGAGCGAAUGGCACGGGCAAAUCGACGGCAUUGUCUAUUCUGAAGGGCAAGACUAAGCCAAAUCUUGGUCGCUAUAAGGAUGAACCCAGUUGGGAGGAGAUAUUAAAAUACUUUCGAGGGUCUGAGCACCAAGCGUAUUUUCAACACAUGCUGGAGCAAAAGAUGCGUGUUCUCCUGAAACCACAAUAUGUGGAUCAGGUUCCCAAAGUUACCAAGGGAAAAGUGGGGGAUCUACUAACUAAAGCUGAUGAGCGGGGUGUGAAGGACUACUAUAUGAAGGAACUUGAUAUAGAAAACGUUGCUGAUCGCGAACUCGAAAAAUUAUCUGGUGGUGAGCUACAGCGGUUUACCAUUGCUGCUCUCUGUGUCCAAAAUGCCUCAGUGUACAUGUUUGACGAGCCUUCUAGUUAUUUGGAUGUUCGGCAGAGACUGAUGGCCGCUAAGGUGAUUCGUUCUCUGCUGAAAGAUGAUAAUUAUGUUGUUGUCGUUGAGCAUGACCUUUCUGUUGUGGACUAUAUGUCCGACUUCGUGUGUGUUCUCUACGGCGUUCCCGGAAUCUACGGAGUGGUAACGAUGCCUUACGGGGUCCGAGAAGGUAUUAACAUUUUCUUGGAUGGUUUUGUCCCAACUGAAAAUCUGAGGUUUCGUCAAGAGAGUUUGUCAUUUCGCAUUACCGAUGACUUGGAAGAGACGACCAAACGCAGUGUACAACAUUCUUACCCGUCCAUGGUAAAGAAUUUGGGAGGGUUUACAUUAACUGUCGAAUCGGGAUCCUUUUCUGACUCUGAGAUUGUUGUCCUUCUAGGUGAGAAUGGAUGUGGUAAAACGACGUUUAUUCGCAUGCUCGCUGGCCACAUUAAACCGGAUAAUGAAGUGGAAGUACCUCAACUGUGCAUAAGUUACAAACCACAGAAGAUCGCACCGAAGUUUCAGGGAACCGUGAAGGAUCUUCUCCAAUCAAAGAUAUACGAAGCGUUCUCUAAUCCCCAAUUCCAGACAGAUGUACUAAAACCCAUGACAGUUGAGGAGCUGUACGAUCAGGAGGUGCAACACCUUUCCGGUGGUCAGUUGCAACGCGUUGGUCUAUGCCUUGCCCUCGGCACACCGGCAAAUAUCUAUCUAAUAGACGAACCCAGUGCCUACUUGGAUUCGGACCAGCGUAUAAUAGCUGCCCGUGUCAUCAAGAGAUACAUUAUGCAUGCCAAACGAACUGCGUUCAUCGUUGAGCACGAUUUUAUUAUGGCAACAUACCUGGCGGAUCGUGUUAUUGUAUACGACGGCACUCCAGCUGUAAAUUGCAAGGCCAACGCUCCCUGUGCCCUCUUGGAGGGAAUGAACAAAUUUUUGAAAAGCCUCGAUAUUACUUUCAGACGUGAUCCAUCGAAUUUCCGUCCGCGAAUCAACAAGUUUGACUCGGUUAAAGAUCGUGAACAGAAAAUCGCGGGGAACUACUUCUACAUGGUGGAAGAGGUCGCAAAACCGGUCAAACCAGCGAAGGUGGAUGGAGAGGAUGAGGACGAAGAUGAUGAAAGCAACGAGUAG